CCGCCGCUGGGUCGCGCCGGCUGAGAAUGUCGUGGGAUCCGUCCGAAGGGGUCAUAAGGCACAUCAUCCGCCAGGCGGGGCAGCAGUGUGCCGCCCACGGGCACCCCGUCUCCGAAACAGCGGUGGCUUUCAUGGUGAAAGCUGUUGUUCUAGAUCCAAGAAAUGACUUUGAUGUGGAUCAAAUCCUUACAAAAAAGGACGUGCAAAAUCUUAUCCAGCUCUGUGUUUCAAGGCUGAUUGACACAACAAACCCAUCCCUGAGCACAAUGAAGAUGCAAGUUUACUUUGAUUUGAACUAUGCGAACAGAGCUGAAUUACUCAGAGAGCAUCGCCAUGUUCUGGAGGGCAGGUUGGCUCCUCUGCUCAGGGACAUCACAGAUAGUCGUCCCCGCGUGCAAGAGGAAAUGAAGAAUGUGUAUCAAAGGAUUGUUAACUACGUGCUGCUGAGCUCUGGCCUGGGAUCCCCAACAGACAUUGAGGUUGUCAGGGAGGUGACAGCUGCAUUGCAGAGUGUGUUCCCCCAGACAGCUCUGGUUCCCUUCCUAUCACUCACUAAGAAGGAUAAAGAGCAAGAGCUAAAAAAUCUUACCAUGCUAGUCACAGGAAUUCGGUUGUACAACAAGGAAUGUGGGAAAGGAGGAAAAGGCAUCGAUGACUUGCCAGCCAUUCUGAACGAAGCCAUCCCAGCAGCCACACAAUCUAUUGAAGACCAUCUUAAUGCUUGCCAUGUGCUAGCCCACCGUUACACUGCUCUGUUGGAAUCCAUGCAUGAAGACCAGAACAGAUACAGGCAGCUUAGUUCUUUAAAACUGAAAGAAGCACUGUUCAAUGUGAGGCAGUAUGAGGCCUUCCUUUGCAUCCUUCUGUCUGACACAAUUACAAGUGGUCAAGAAAUUGAAAAGUUGAAUGUGGAGUUUACAGCAACAAUGGAGCAGUUUAAAAGCACCAUUCAGAAUAAGGUCUCCGUAGAUACCAAAGAAGCUUUUCCUCUUUUUGUUGCAGCUUUCAACCUAUGGUCCAGGUUUCAGGAUGAGAUACUUCUGCUAAGCUUCCUCACAAAUAUGACUAACUCUCUGCAGCAGUUCUUGGAAACCCAGUCACAGCUUUUUCCUGAGGAACUGCUAACAUCUCUUCUGGAAGGGGUGACUGUGAAAACUGAUGAGGAGAGGAUAAGAGAAACCAUGGGGACAAGAGUGAAUGUUUCUGAUUUCAAGAACCAGGAAUGGCUUUUUCCAGAGACUACCUCUAAUUUUGAUGAAUUGUUCAUCCAGUACCACGGCUUCUGUGCACACGCAAUUGGUGCAAAAGGCCUCACCCUUCCAGGAAAUCCUGCUAUUGGCGUUCUGAAGCACAAGGACAGAUGUUAUGUUUUCAGUUCCAAAGAAUCUGCAUACAUUUUUGCUCAAGAUCCAGAUAAGUUCAUUCAACUGAAUGUAGAAAAAGCAAAAGAACACGCAGAGCUAAUUCAGCUGCUCAACCUUCACCAUCAGUUUGGAUACCUUGCUCCUCGUAUGCGGAUAAGAAGCUCAGACAAACUUCCGAUGAAACCAAUCACAAAAUGUGACAGUGGUACUCAAACUGAUACUCAUAUCUUGCCUCCAACUAUUGUGAAAUCCUAUGAAUGGAACGAGUGGGAACUGAGAAGAAAAGCUGUAAAAUUGGCCAAUUUGCGUCGCAGAUUAACUCAUGCCAUGCAGACUGAUCUCAGCCAUCUGAGAAGGGAGAACUCCACCCAGGUGUACCUGCCCAAAGAUGUCAGCACCCAAACAAAGAGUGACAGCUCAAGCAGUGUACCCAGACCACAGAUUUUUUUGGCAGGUCUCCGAGGAGGAUCGUCUGCUACUACUGAAGUGGUCAAAGUGGAUUUAACAAGACCAGUAGAUAAAGCCUAAGAGAAAAUGAGAGACUUAAGGAAAUGUAUUAAUUAUAUGUAAAAAUCUCAGCAUAUACCUGAAUUGAAUUACAGAAGAAUCAUAGAAUCAUAGAGUGGUUGGGGUUGGAAGGGACCUUUAAGAUUAUCUAUUUCCAGC